UCCUUUAUAAUAAUUAGGCUUCAGCUUAUCCAAAAGGCUACAGCUCACCCAGAAAGCAAUUUAUAUUUCUUUAAAAUGAAAACGCUCAUGAUUGCUAAAAAUUCUUCAACACCUGAGGCUUCCUCCAUCUGUACUGCCCAGCCGGCGGCGACAUCCACGCCGACUAACUUAAUCCGUAGAAGUCCAAGGUUGAUGGCUCUCCGAAGGGAUUUGACUGGAUCGGGUGACUCGUCUUUGGUGAGCCGUAUACCACUAACAUUCGCGGGUAUCAAGGGUCGAAGGCCGAUUCGUGCUUAUAUCACCCCCAAGAAGACCACUCGGAAAGCGCGGAGGACACCGAGUUCACCGAAUUCCCCAAUGCUCCCAACGAUUGUCAAAAAGCCAAUGAAGACAUCAAACAACUCACCAACCGAGGCUCCCAAGGAUUCGCCAGUGAAGUCUCCAAACAAACAAGAGUUUUCUCCUAAGCCAGAUUCCCCUGAAGCUGGCACCAGUUCAGCUUUGUCGGCACAACGGAAUGAAAGAAAGCGGUCUCUAUUCCAAGGACCCUCAACAUCGACAGGCUUCGAAACGCCCACAAAACAAGCCCGACUCUCAGUUCUAAAAGUGAACAUGGUAUCGCCAUUCUCCAUUAAUCGUGAAAAGGAAAUAAAAUCCGUGUUCGUAGAUGGUGAUAGCCGCACUGAAGUGCCCUAUGAGAUCACACCCAACGUGGACCAGCAAGUCGUGUUGCCGGAACGUCAUGAGGGGCCAGUGGAACCAGAGAACCAGAUUCAGGAGGAUUCAUUCCAGAUUCAACCUAAAGCACGGGAUUGCCGCGAAACUUCAACCAACACAGAAAUUUCGAUUCCACCGUAUGGAAAGACCCUUCGUAAGGGAUGCAGCAUCAUGUAAAGUUCAAAUAUUUUCAACAUUUACAUUUUGGUUUUGAAAUAUAAGUAUGCCGCAUAAAAACAAAACAAAA